AUGGAGAAGGGGAGGAGAUCUGGCGAGCCGUCGGGGUACGUGGUCAAGAGCAAGGGGCCUUCUGGGUGUUUGAUUGUGAGGAAGAAAGGGAGUGAUGGCGUGGGAGUGGCGGCCUCUUCUGGCUCGCGGAAGCCUUUUGAAUCGAAGAAGAAGGAGAAGAAGAAGAGGCCGAGGUUGGAUUUCAGCGAUGCCGGGUCCAGUGACGAGCUGUUAAUGCGUUCACGGGCAAGGUUAGCGCCUGGAACUUCUCAGAUUCGUAAUGGCGUGAAUGAUUUUGAUGCGGGUGUUGAAGAGGAGAGUGGGAUUGCUAGGAAGAGGAGCAGGGGAGAGGGUGGUAGGCGUAGUGAGAUGGAUGGCAUUGUUAGGGAUAGGGAUAAUUUGAUUGACCGGGCGAGGACCAGGUUAGAUGUGUUUGAUUUUGAUGAGGAUGAAGGUAGUGAGGCGGGAUCGAUGAGAAGGAAGCGCCCUCAAGAAGGUGGAGCUGAUAGUCGGAGGUUUUAUGGCUCAAUGACUGUGGGUAGAGGUAGCAUUGAAAGAGAAUACAAUUCUGGUUCAAGUAGAGAUGCUCUUCCUGGGAAUAGGCAGGCUUCAUAUUUCGAGAGGGCCAGUGGUUUGACUCGUGGUGAUCGUUCUGCCAGGGAGGGGGUUCGACUGCCGGCUCCAGCUCCGAGGGAUGACUUUGAAUCAGAUCAACCAAUUCGGGUUCAAGGUAAAAAUGGUGUUCUAAAGGUUAUGGUAAACAAGAAAAAAAAGGUUGGUGGGUCUCUCAAUGGUUACAAUGCCACGGAGCCUGAGGAAGUAAGGAAGGGUGUGAGGACAGAUGAAUUUUCCAAGAAGAACAUUCGUAAGCGCCCAACUCCAUUCAUUGGCAGAGAGAAGAAACCGAUGAAUCUUCUGAAUUCGAUGAAAAGUGAAGAUGAUAAUGCGAGUGACCAGGAUUCUGGUGAUAGUGGUAUUUUGUUGACAAAGAAAGCAAAUAUGAGAGCCAAGUAUGCAGAACCUAGCAAUUCUCAGAAGGUGAUGAUCUCUGCAAGCAAAAUUGUGAGCACUGGUAUUAAUUCUGAUGACAGUGAUACUUCCUUGAAGCCGAGACCAAAGAACGGCCGGGGUCUUAGAUCAAGAACGGGGACAAGUUAUGGAGAUGAGAAGACUACGCCUAGUAACCUUCUUCCAAGCAAAAUUAAUGAAGGCAAACUUAAGCGUGGUUCUGGCACUGAAAAACAAAAGCUGCGUGAAAGAAUUAGGGGGAUGCUUAUAGAUGCUGGCUGGACAAUAGAUUACAGGCCUAGGAGGAACAGGGACUAUUUGGAUGCGGUUUACAUAAACCCUUCAGGAACAGCAUACUGGUCCAUCAUCAAGGCAUAUGACGCUCUUCUAAAGCAGUUGAAUGAAGAUGAAGAGGUUGUAAAGGCUAAGGUGGAAUGCUCUCAAAUUACACCAUUACCAGAUGAGCUGCUCCGUCAACUUACAAGGAAUACUAGGAAGAAGAUGGAGAAGGAAAUGAGAAAGAAACAACGAGACAGCCGCCAGAGUGACAAUGCAAGGGAAGCAGUAGGGCGAAAGGCAUCAAGCAGCCGGUAUGAUGAGGAGAGUAUGGACAGCCAGAGUCAGGAUGAGAAAUUGAGCUCAUUCAUAACCUCCAAGGGCCACUGUUCGAUGCAUACUUUGCACGACAACGAAGAAAAAUUGUCCUCUGGAUACAAUAGUCACCAUGGUAGGAAAAGCAGAAAACUAGGCAGAUGCACCCUACUAAUACGAAGAUCAAACCAGGGUUUGAACUCAGAUGGUAAUGGUUUUGUACCUUAUAGUGGAAAAAGAACACUGCUCUCUUGGCUAGUUGACUCUGGAGCUGUGCAGUUGAGUCAAAAGAUUGAUGCAUGGAAUAGACUAGAGGCUGCUGAGAAUAUUGGGUUUCACUCGGUAGAUGUUGAUGGUGAUGAUCCGAAUGAUGAUACUUGUGCUCUUUGUGGUGAUGGUGGAGAUUUGAUAUGCUGCGAUGGUUGUCCAUCGACAUUUCAUCAGAGCUGCCUGGACAUUGAGAUGCUGCCUACAGGUGAUUGGCAUUGCCCAAACUGUACUUGCAAGUUCUGUGGUUCAGCCAGUGACAAUCUUACGGAUGAUGAUGAUCCAACUGUUUCGGCACUUCUGACGUGCAGCCUAUGUGCUAGAAAAUAUCAUGAAUCCUGCAUGAAUGGUAUGGAUGCUGCCACUAUUGAGGGUGAUAGUUCUAAAUCUUGCUUCUGUAGCAAAAAGUGCGGAGAGCUCUUUGAGCAAUUGGGGAAGUAUCUUGGCGUCAAACAGGAGCUGGAAUCAGGAUUUUCAUGGUCUCUUAUUCGGAGAACAGACUUUGACCUGGAUACAUCUCUUCAGGGACUUCCUCAUAGGGUGGAGGGGAAUUCAAAGCUAGCUGUGGCUUUGUCUGUAAUGGAUGAAUGCUUUUUGCCAAUAAUUGAUAGGAGGAGCGGGAUCAACUUGAUCCAUGGUGUUCUUUAUAAUUGUGGGUCAAACUUCAAUCGACUCAACUACAGUGGGUUCUUUACCUUGAUUUUGGAGAGGGGUGAUGAAAUAAUUUCUGCUGCAUCCAUAAGAUUGCAUGGGACAGAGUUGGCAGAAAUGCCCUUCAUUGGAACUCGCCACAUAUACAGACGUCAGGGAAUGUGCAGACGUCUUUUUAGUGCUGUUGAAUCGGUACUCCGCUCAUUGAAGGUUGAGAAGCUAAUUAUUCCUGCCAUUUCUGAGCUAAUGCACACAUGGACGGAGGUGUUUGGGUUCACUAGCCUUGAUGAAUCCCUUAAGCAAGAACUGAAGUCUAUGAAUACGAUGGUGUUCCCUGGUGUGGAUAUGCUUCAGAAGCACUUACUUCAGCAGGAAAAUGGGGAGAAAAUGAACACUAAUAAAGGUGUGAAAGAGAAGGGACCCCAAGGUGAUAAGUUUAUGGACAAUGCUUCAGCUGAUAGUGGUUCAGCUGGAGAUUAUCUUCGAGAAAGCGACAGUGGUGGUCUUGAACAUAAUAACAUUGAAGCAAAAGUUGGAGAAUCGGCUAGGGCAAAAUCUGGCACAUCAAGUCCAGUUGCUUCUGCAAACUCUUCAAAGAUUUCCUUGGAUGCAUCCCACGAGAUUAAGCAAAGCGUCAGCUCAGAUUCAGGGCUAGUGGACAAGAAGUUGGAUAAAUCCAGAAUGUCCAACGUGAAAUUAGCCUCUCGGGAGAAUGAUGAUAUCUCUUCUCAUGCUAUUCCCGAAAACCAGUUUCUUCUUCCCAUUUCCUCGAACAAUGUUUCUGAAAUGAGCAGUUCGCCAGAUGCUUCUCGUGAACAUAAACCAGUAAAUGGUGAGGCAGUAGAUGAAUCAGCGUCUGUUGCUAACCAUUUGAGGAUGCCUACUGUUAUGAGCAGUCGGAGAGAAGUCAAAGAGGCGGCACAUGAUUUGGGGGAUAAUGGAACUGACGAGGCCCAAGCAUUCAAUAGAUUAAGCGAGUCUAAUUCCGAGGAGGAAUAUAAAGGUUCGUUCUCUACUGAACAAACUACAUUGCUGGUUGGUCUCCCGAGAGACUCUGAGCCGACCACUAUCGAUGCUCCCGGGGAGGAAUACCAAUUGGGAUCAGGCCUUGAAGCAGCAAACCAUGCAGCAGCAACUUAUGAGCAUGGUUCCGAUACUGAUGCGAGUGAAGGCAAAACGGAAUCUGAGUAG